GUACGGGGCCAUUGCAGCGCAAAGAACGUAGGCUAUAGCGUCAAAGGAAGCAGUGAUGCUUUGAUUUGGUUUGAUCGGCAAACCUUCGAAGGACACGCUAUUACAAGUAAGCCAGUCGAAUCCUUUGUGUGGUGCUCUCUUUGGGACAGGCAUUUCCGCAACAGGACCUGAAUAACAACGAAAGGCCGUCAACUGGAAAACGCAUUCGCGGUUUUGUCUGCGGACACGGGGUCUGUCUUUCGAGGAUACCAUUGUCAGUGCGCGAAGAUUGUAUACCCAAAAGGUGAAUAAACGCGAGGUGGGUUUACCUACGGACGGAGGUGACUUUUAGAUAUACCCCGUGCUGGCUGUUUAUUUGUGACAAAGGAAUAUAUUUUCCGCAACACUAAUUACAGCCCGCGUUACAAUGAAUAUGUUCGCAUCAAAUAUAUUGAAUUGCCUCCUGCAUACAGCGACUGGUCAAGUCAAAUGAUUAGCCCAGUUACCGCUAAUCCUCGCGCAAACCAUGUCUUCGUUACUGAACAAAGGAUUGUGAUAAAGGAGCCGACUCUGUCUCUUACUGUAUAUUUGACUACCACGAAAACAGAAGAAUGGAGCCGUUUUUACAGAUCGCGCCCCAUUCUCUCGCCAUUGUGCUCGCGCGGACAGGAGGGGAUGAGCCGCCAGGUGUUACCGAGAGCGACGCCCCGCCGCACCAUCACACAGGUUACGAGAUUUUUGCGGAUUUCAAGUCUGAGAACAUGCAACACUUCUGGAACAAAAUGGUAUCGGACGCCAUCGCCGAGACGUUUUUCCUCGGCUGGAUCGACGAGCACGUGCUGCUGAUCCAAGGCAAAGAGGAUCACCUGGAGGUUCUGCGCGAGGGCUGGAUGAGGCGGACGCUCAAACCGCCGCAGGGCUUCGACAUAAAGUACCUGGGUGAUGUGUCUCCCAUCAGCAUGUCGCCGAUCAGCCAGUCCCAGUUCAUUCCGCUGGGGGAGAUCCUGUGCCUGGCCAUCUCGGCCAUGAACGCGGCCCGCAAGGCCGUCACUCAGGACACCCUUGUGGACCACCUGGCGGCAUGCUUCCCAGGUGUGCCCACUCCUAGCCCGGAGAUCCUGCGGCACACGCUGAACGUGCUGGUGCGCGAGCGCAAGAUCUACCCCAGCCCUGAGGGCUACUUCAUCGUGACGCCGCAGACCUACUUCAUCACGCCCUCGCUCAUCCGCAGCAGCAGCAAGUGGUACCACCUGGACGAGCGGAUCCCCGAGCACUUGCAGCAGCAGCAGCAGCAGCUCCUGCAGCAGCUGCAGAUCCCCCAGCUGCAGCAACAGCAGCAUCCGCAGGUGCAACAGCUGCAACAACAACAGCAGCAGCAGCAGCCUCAGCCGCUGCAGCCGGUGCCGUCGCCGCAGCAGUGCACGUCGCCGUACUCGGGCACCAUGACGCCCUCGUCCUCGGGCUGCGUGCGGGAGCGCUCCUCGCACCACAAGAGCCAGCAGCACGGCGUGGGCAUGCCCGUGGCUGAGGCCUACGUGAUGGGCUACCGGGAAGAGGCGUCUGCGUCGUCCGGAGGGCACCAUCACCACCACCACCAGCAUCAGCACCACUCCAACUCCUCUACACUGCAGCGGCGGGCAGCCAAGGAGCAGCAGCAGCAGCACCGUGGGGAUCCGCACCCCUCACCCCCCACGCACCACUCGCCCCAGGCCCUGCUGCCGCCCGGCUCCACCGACAAGAGCAAGAGCACCAUCAGCUUCCCCUUCAAGCCCGAGACCAUGGUGCACAAACACAAGGACAGCAGCAGCAGCAGCCAGGGUGGCGGAGGUGGAGGGGUGCUCAGCGGCAGCAGUGAGAAGCAGUCCAAGAAGUUUGGGCUGAAGCUGUUCCGGCUAAGCUUCAAGAAGGACAAGGCCAAGCAGCUGGCGACCUUCUCGGCCCAGUUCCCGCCAGAGGAGUGGCCCCUGAGGGACGAGGAGACGCCCACCACGGUGCCGCGCGAUGUGGAGAUGGAGAUCAUACGCCGCAUCAACCCCGACCUGACGGUGGAGAACCUGGCGCGUCACACCGCCGUCAUGAAGCGUCUGGAGGAGGAGAAGGCACAGCGCAGCAAGGCCAACUCCUCAGCGCAACAGAGUGGCCGCAGCAAGCGCAGCCGGAGCCACCGGAAGGCGCCGCAGAGCAAGCCCUCGCGCUCCCACAGCAAGCCGCGGGCGUCCCGGGGCAACCCGUCCGAGGGCUCCAACCUGGACCUGGCCGGCGACCGAGGAGGAGGCCUGAGCGAGUAUCGGGACUACCGGGACUAUCGCUUCUACAGCUCGUCGCUGGUGCGCUCACCUCGCGAGGCCAUGUACUCCAUGGAGCGCAACCGGGGCAAACACAUGGUCCACAGCAACCCCAACAUUGUGGAGUCACACUUCACUACGGCGCCCGAGUGGGACGUCUCGGGUGAGCUGGCCAAGCGGCGGACUGAGGUGCCCUUCCCCGAGCCCUCGCGGGCAUCCAACCACCACUCCAAGGUGCACCGCAGCCACAGCCACACGCAGGAGCGCAAGUCGCGCAACGAACGCUCAGAGAAGGCCAAGGCCCGCUCCCGCUCCAUGGAUAACUCCAAGGGCCCACUGGGGGGGGCCUUUCUGGACACGCCGGAGGACUUUGAGUGCAGCCCCGAGGACGGAAGUCGUUACUACACUGACGAUGGGACGCUACGGGCCUCGGCCCAGGCCGCCCACUUCUCCCGGGGCCUGCUCUCUGCUGCUAACGUGAGCCCGGACGUGUAUGUGCCUGACAUGGGGAGGGCAGCGGCGGCUGCGGCAAUGGCGUCUUUGGAGAGCGAGGGCUUCUGCCAGCCCGCCGUGCAGCGGAGCAAGAGCCGCGACAGCCUGACGGCCUACAAUGAGCUAAAGAGCGGUUCGCCAAAGUUGUCGGCCACCGAGGAGAGCUACUUCCAGUGUGGCACGCUGGCCGAGGGCAUCCAUCCUUCGGGACCCUCCUCCCUGCCGCAUGACUUUGCCAUGGUGGACGCCCUGCGCAUGGGCAUGCACUCGGAGCGCCAGACGCCCAUUCUCGCCUCCCUCCAUCCUGUGGAUUACAAAGACGAUGCCUCAAAGGGACAGGCUGGACUGUCCCUACAGGUGCCUACCACUCAGACCCUCGAGCCCUUACCCAAUGGACGUUUCUCGCACCACCCCACCUCAGAAUCCAGCAAGGGAGAUAAAAUGGCAGAGGCCUUUAACCAGGACAUGCUGCUCAAGCCGCCCGAGUAUGUAACAGAAGGCGGCUACCCUGAGCUUGGCACGCUUUGCAUGAACGCCACCACACACGCCAAGCCGGCCACCGACGCCAUUGGCGAGACGGGCCAAGAGCGGUUUGAGAAGCCGCGAUCGGUGCCACCCUCGCCAGGUCGUGACCAGGCGGCGUGCGGUACCUCAGAACCCUCAGCCGCCGCCGCCAACGCUUCUUUCGACUACUACAACGUGUCGGACGAUGAUUCGGAGGAGGCAUCUAGAAAGGCAGCCCGUGAGGAGAAGGCCAUGGAGGAAGGAGGCACCAUGCAGUGGCUCCUAGAGAGGGAGCGCGAACGCGACCUUCAGAGGAAGUUCGAGAAGAACCUGACCUUCCCCUCGGGCCCCAAGGAGAGUGAGAACGGCAGCAGCCAGAAAUCGGCCCACUCCACGAGGCUCGAUAGCAUGGACAGUAGCAGCGUGACCGUGGACAGUGGAUUUAAUUCGCCACGCACGCGAGAGAGCCUGGCCUCCAACACCUCGAGCAACGUGGACAGCAACCGGCGGCAGAACCUGGCCCUGAGCCCCCGCCACUCCAGCGGCAACCCCCCACCAUACCCCUACCGACACCCCCCGGAUGCUCCCCAAAACACUAACACUAGGACUACUGAAAGGACACAAAAAGCCUCUAUCACAAGUGUAUAAUCUCCCGCCACCCCAACACAAGCUCAAGCCCAGUGUAUGUAGGAUGUAAGAAGACCUGGGUGGAGGUGGAAUGGCUUCCCUCCUCCUCAUUAUCAUGAUCAUCAUACUCCAUCUUACCACUUAACACCCCACAAACGACUCUUCUCAAGCUGCCCCCAUGUCAAAGUUGGAAAAGAAAGAAAGAAAAAAAAAUACCAGCAACAGCCUGUGUUCACCACACAGCUUCUUACGUGGGUGCUUUUUAACGACAUAAAAAAACACACAAACAUUGUAUACACUCAUAUUUAAAAAGAAAUACAACACAAUAAGAUUUGUAUGGGAAUCAUCUGACUUUAAAAAGAAAAGAAAAGAAAAAUAAAGAACAAGCCCUUUGUGAGCCACCAUGCACGGCCUAUUAUAAUCUACGGGUAAAAAUCUCCACUAACUUAGCCAAGUCC